AUGUCUUUAAUGACGAGUAAUAACGAACAUAAUAAUAGUAUCAACCAUGGUACAGACACUACACAAUUGACUAGUGUUACCACAUUGCUAACUAACCCAAUGGCCUUUGAUACAGCUAGAUUGCAUCCUUUAGCUGGUCUUGACAAGGGUGUUGAAUAUAUGGAUCUAGAAGACGAACAAUUGUCUACCAUGGAAGGAUCACAAGGUUUGAUUCCAUCUCGUGGCUGGUCAGAUGAUCUUUGUUAUGGGACAGGGGCUGUCUAUUUAUUAGGUUUAGGUAUUGGUGGCUUCUCUGGUUUAAUUCAAGGUAUUAAAGCUAUACCACCCAACGCUUCUAGUAAAUUACAGUUAAAUACAAUUUUAAAUAAUAUUACUAAGAGAGGGCCAUUCUUAGGUAAUAGUGCAGGUGUUCUUGCAUUAAGUUACAAUAUUAUUAAUUCCUCUAUUGAUGCAUUACGCGGGAAACAUGAUACGGUCGGUUCUAUUGUAGCUGGUGCUUUAACUGGAGCUAUAUUUAAAUCAAGUAAAGGUUUAAAGCCUAUGGGUUAUGCAUCAGGGUUAAUGGCAGGAGCAUGUGCAAUUUGGUGCGGAAUAAAGAAUUCCUUGCUUGGGUGA